AUCAGCUGUGUUGUGAGAGCGAGUGGCGAGCGCUCUUCUGUGUCAUGUUAUUCGCUAUGAUAUCAGUGAACUAGCUAGUGAUACAGAUAUGUCGUUAUUCAAGGCAAGAGACUGGUGGUCGACAGUGGUACAGUCAGGAGGAGGGGAAGAGGAGGAAUGUGAUGCAGGAUGUUUGGUCAUUGCAAAUAUCAAUAAUGAAGAUCCUCCAAAAGACAAGAUUAUUGUUGGUGGAUUUUCAGGAUCCUUGAGAAUAUAUAGUCCACAGGCACAUCGCUCAGAAGAAGGACAGGAAGUAUCAGGAUUCCGUCCCGAUCAUGUUCUCCUGGAAACCACCUUUAACUAUCCAAUUAUCCACCUGGCUGUGGGAAAGUUUGUCUCGAGUAAUGACAUGCUACACCUUUGUGUCUUACACCCUGACCGAUUGGCAGUAUAUACCCUGACAGUCACCUCUGGCCAGGGUGGUCAUGGCGACAGUUCCAAGCUCAGUGUAGCUUAUCAACACAAGUUCCAAAGACGUGCACAUUCCAUCACUACGGGUCCAUUUGGUGGUGUCAAAGGAAAAGACUACAUAGCCGUGCAGUCGCUUGAUGGUUGUAUCACCGUUUUUGAGCAGGAGAGUUUUGCCUUCAGUAGCUUUUUGCCGGGAUUCCUCCUUCCCGGACCUCUAGCCUACGUUGCUAAAUCUGACUCCCUGAUCACAGUGGGGUCCGACUGGGCACUCCAGUGUUACAAGUAUCAGGCAGUGGCUGUGGCAACAGACAAUGAGAAGGAAAUGAGCAGUAAUAAAACUGGUGGGAGAAGGUUGAACCCAGAGUGGACGAGGCAGCUAGGGGAGCCUGCGUUGGACAUUCUUGUCGUCAACCCCCCAGAAGGACCCACAAACAUCCUUAUCCUCACUCAUCAUUCAAUCUUCUGUUAUAAGGAAUCAGGAGUGUUGAAGUUUGUAAAGAAGUUGGAAUACAAUCCAUCCUGUUUUACAGCAUAUCUUAUGGAAAAUGCUGUGUAUCUUUGUGUUGCUACGCAUACACAGACCUUACUUGUGUACAAAGAGGCAGAGUUGAAGUGGGCAUCGCAGUUACCAUUUACACCUGUUGUGCUUUCUAGGGCUGAUUUUCCGGGUAUCAAAGGAGCCCUCGUCUUUCUCGGAGAUGCCGGGCAGCUGCAGGCUUCUUAUCUUGGAACAGAUCCCUCUCUCUUCGUGGCUCCCCCUGCAGAGACGAGGGAAAUUAACUACGAUCAGACUGACAAGGAGUUAGCUCAGCUUCACAAGAUCAUAAAAGCAUCCACAAAGGAUACGGGCACAUUGGUUGGAAUGAAUCGAGGAGAUGGCGAUCUCAUUGUAUCAGGAACUGUAGGAACGCAGCUGGAAAAGUGGCCAGGCUCAACACGGGUUCAGGAUAUUGAUGGGGGUGUACCAGCAGUCCCAGUUGUGAUUCGGCUCACAGCUCACACGCCUCUCAAUACUGUUCGCGUCAAUAUUGCUGUAGAGAAACCACUGACUGUCACUCAAGACACGUUUGUUCUUCGGACAAUAUGUGAUACAAGUCAGAUUAUGGUGAAGUUUUACCUUGCUGACCAGUACAUACCUACAAGCUUGUCUGUAGGUAUUGUUACAUCGUACAUUACUCAUGCAGGUGCACCAAGAAUCAUUACUACAAAUCUGGAAUUGCCUCUACGGUUGGUGGCCAAGCUCAGUGCUCCAAAUAAAGAGGCUGAUCACAAAAUCACAAUAUCAACAAACAAGCCAGCUGUUAAUCUACCAGAAUUAUUUCCAGAUUAUAGCUUAGAUGGAAGUGUGACGACAGCUCUUGGUCUUCAGUACUUUGGGGGCCCAAGUGUGACAAUACUCUCAUCACGUACUACUAACAGAUAUCGGCUACAGUCGGACAGUUUACCCUCUGUGUGGGUAAUACUUAGUGAAGUUGUAAGAAGACUGAAGUGCUAUUGGGGUCACGCGAGCAGAAAAGAUGGAGAAGAACUGGUGUUGGGUGUUGCCUCGUCACUCCCCAUCAGUGAGCUCUUCUCCGAAAUUGAUGCACAUUUUCUGCGCAGGAAGAAGCAUGAAGAGUUAAUGGGUCAGCUGGUGCAGAGAGCCACUCAAUUUCGCGCAGUUCAGAGGCGUUUGUUGACAAAGUUCAAGGACAAGACGCCAACACCUCUCACAAACCUUGAUAAUCUCUUGGAGGGAACUUAUAAACAGAUCUUACAGAUUACAGAUGUUAUUAAUGAUAACAUUAGGGGUCUAGAAGAAGACGGUUGCCAACUCAGCUGCGCAAUAAGACUGAUUUUGGAGCUCGUCCGUCUGUCUGUUGGCUUGUCUGACCAGCAUUUUGCCCUUCUCUCUGCUGCUAUAUCACCUGUAGUCCACACUUCUAUGGAUCAGGGCUGGGAGGAAGCGACUGAUGCCAGCGUAACCUUCUUGCUGAGAACUGUGCUAGGCAAAGGAUCCAGAGAUGCUGCUGUUGCCCCAGAGCUUACGAUGCCAGCAGACACAUCAAAACUCAAAAAGCAUUUAGAUCUUUUACUUAAUAAGAUCAUGAAAGGAGGAGUUCAGCUCACCAUUGAUAAUUCUGGGUCGACCAACAAUACAGACACCCAUAAAGUGAUCAACUCAGACGAGGAGGAGGACUACGUGAACUCGAAAUCUGUAGGGAAAGCUGUGCUGAAAAAGCAAGAUCACGAAGACCAGACUGACAUUCCCUUGGGCAGCAGGCUAGGGGAAGAUCGUGCUAGGUCGGCCCGAAUCAGAUCUGCAAGGCUCAUGUCUGCACGCAAGGUUUCUCGGCGGAGCCCAGGAGAUGGGGAAUCUGUUAACAUGGCGGAGGGAACUUCAAACAGCCCUACAUUUAAUGAAGAUAUUGAAGACAGAGACAGUCCUGUAAAUAGCUCAUUCCCAGAGGACCAGAACAGCUUAGAAAAUUUCCCCAAAGACGAAAACAGCGAGAUGAACGAAGACGAAUUACAGGAAGAGGAGAAAAAUGAGGAGGAAUCGCUGGAUGAGGAGAAAAACGAAGUGGAAUUGCCGGAGGAAGAGAAAAAUGAAGAUGAAGACCCUUCUCCAACAAUGGAGAAGCCCGUAAAGGAAGUCUCUGAAGUUCCUUACAAUGGAAACAUUGAAGCCCUGAAAAAGGAGACCACGAAGGAAAACUUGAUAGAGAGUCCAGCUGAUAUUUUUGCCACAGGAGACGUGGAUGAUCUUUGGUGAUUUUUUUUUUAUUUCAUUACUGCUUCAUUCAGAUAAGUUACAUAUAUGCUUUCAAGGGUAAGCAGAGUACACAAUAAAGAUGUGUUUUUUUUUUUCUUUAGUUAACAAAUUAUUAUAUCAGUUAUGUUUUGAAAUUGUGAAAUUAACAUAUCGAGUUAUUACACUUACUGCACGGGAAUCACCUAGAUAGGGAGAGAUACUAUACUUAGUGCUGUA